AUGGUACAAAAAAUUGAUCUUUACAUGUCCUGCCCCGUAAGCAGAACUGGUUGUAUAAAAUACGAAAACCCAGGCUAUUGGGAGCAUGCUGAUUGUGGUGGCCGCAUGUAUAUUGACACUGAUACUGAUAUGGGAUGCUACAGAUGUAAUUAUUGGAGCAAUUGGAAAAAUUGGAGUUUUGCUUGUUCAAGACAUCCUUUGAGAUAUGAACAUAUGGAUGACAGAGACUUUCUAAAAAAUUUGGGCCUUACAGUUAACCUUUAUCCUGCAAAUUCUAAUGACAAAGCUGUACUCAAGAAAAUUCUCGAGAAACUUGUAGUCUCAUUAUUUUAA